AUGCCCUCAGUGGCAGUAGAAGAACCUCAAUUGAUCUCCCCAGUAGCAGCAUUGCACAAAGCUCCACCGCGAUCAGCAGGAGCAUCUAGCAGGGCGAAACGUAGUGAAAACAUCUCCGAACUAGUACGUUUUUUCCAAGCCCAGCAGGGAACGCAGGAAGACGAGAUGAAUAUCAUGAAACACGACGGUGCUAUGGACUUUUUGAAGGCCGGCCAACGCCGCCUUCGACAAUUGGGCCAGGCGAAACCUGACAAACGUAUCAAAGGAACCGAAAGUCCAGUACCAUCUGAAAAAGGCAAGGCUAAACGUCAACAUUUACUGGCUCUGCAACGUGAAGGGUUAUUACCGAGUACGGAUGAUGCUUUGGAUACGUCGCGCCCAUCAAGGACUAGACGGGAUGUGGAAGCCAUGGGCCGUCCAUGGCUUGACGAUGCAUAUCCAGGGAGUAAUCCAAAGGAUGACGGUAGCUCAACCUCUGAUAGUCUCAAUCAUUUACGGUGCGAAUCUCUGGGGCUCGGUGACUUGGCUGCGCUUGUGGAAUUUUCCGUCUCGUUCCCAGACUAUUACUCAGAGGAGCCCGGACCACCCCCGUACCAAGCUCAAGCCCAAAGUUCCAGCGGGCCGGCGCCGACGAAUAUCAGUCAGGCCACCAGUUCGGAGGAACGAGACCAGGAUAAGGCUACCGUAAAUGACGAUAGCCGGCCGCAGGAGAGCUUGAUGGGCCGUCAGGGGCGCGAUUCGAGGACAGGUGAAGCUAGGCCUGCGCUAAGUCAACUGGUGCAGGCGCCGGCCCUGAGUACUAGCAAAACCGUUGAUCGCCCGGCCCAGAAUGACGAACAUAAUAGGGGCCAAGGUGACAGGUGCUGCGAAAGAAACUAUGACUGCGACUGUGACGAUGCUAAAAGCCUGGCUGUUUUGUUGCGUGUUACUGAGCGAUUGGGGCGGGAGAAGAAAGCUGUUCGGAACUCUACUCCCCCCCCAAACGAGGCCGGGUCUGUGUCUGCUGCUGGCAAUAUAAGUGGUGAAUACUUGCCUCACUCCCUCAACCAAGGAGUUACCGACACUCCUUUAUUCGUCAAGGCACCGGCCGCCGCAAUCAAGCAUGGCCAGGCCGAGGAAAGGAAGAGAAUCAGCAACAGCAAUAAUGCCUUUAGGGAGACCCCCUCCCUAUUGUUCCCAUCUCAGGGAGAGUCUAGUCUGUCCAAAAGCCACAGCGUAGGCCCCAUACCACUAAAGCUAGUGGCCGAGUGUCUGCCUCCACGCGGAUCAAGCAGUGUUGCGUCAAAAUCAGCUUCCCCGCAGUUUCAAUUCAGACAGAAUAAUUCUCUCAAUUUGCUUCAACCACCUCAAGAAAGCAAUACCCCUACAGCAUCGAACUUCCCCCGUCCACAGACUCUGCUGUCGCCUUUCCCAGGCCAAUCACGUCGAGCCCGCAGUGUGACUCCGGACGUGGCUUCUAGCUCCCAAGGGAGAAAGAAAAAGAAGCCCAGAAUUUCUCCAUUGUACGUCGUGAACGCGGCUCCCCUUCCGCCUCCAACCAAACCUUUGCCUUCCGUCCCACAAAGUACCGAUGUCAAUGCCCCGCUUCCUGCUGCAGAUGAAGAGCGCAAGAUGUCGACUCCCAUUGUCACGCCAGCUCCGGAUCAACCUGGAGAAAAAUGCGAUAGUCCGACUUUAGGAUCAGCUAUGCAUAAGCCACGACUCCGUAGGUCUUUGAUUGGACCGCGACCGCCAUCCCGCUACUCGAUUAGGAGCAAUGACACAUCGGAGGCGAUCUAUACAGCAAGUGACGAUCACUCGAUUAAGACCAUCUCCCCAGCUCCUUCUAGUCUGGAAGCCCUUGAGGAGGUUCGAAGAGGACGAGCUGAUAAGGUUCGUGCCAUUCGCAUGCGAGAUCUAGGCACGAAGAAAGAUCAAAAGCCUACAGUGGAACCCGAGUCUCAAUACGAAGCCAAGAUACCUAAAAGUUCGACCGAACGUGUACACGCAGAUACUGUUGGUCAAGCAGAGAAACCAAAACGGGACAGGAAGCAUCGUGCAAGUGCAGCUCCAAAAAUUCCUCUUCCCAAUGACCCACCUGUAGUUGCCUACGACACCCAGAGGAAUAGGCGACGAGGUUCGACGUCUUCUCUUCCCGGAUCUAUUUCUACCAUCAAUGGCUAUGGUGGAGGCUUGUCUCGCAGCGUAAGCAUUACUAGUGGUUCAAUAGCAGGUUCUCCUAUACUUCGUGGGAGACUUGUUCAUACCGCAGAAAAGCCACCCAAGAACACCAGGCACGGACGUACGAAUUCACCCACGUUGCCAUCAUCUGAUGACGAGAGGCCCAAACCACAAACACGACAUUCACAGACACGUAUGGAAACAGGGGUAGAUGAAAAUUGGACACAUCACCAUGCCCGCAGGUCAGAUACUAGAAGAGACGUCAGCGAUAUUGAGCAUCCGCCUAGGCACCCCGACCGCGGACAAGCUUCUCCGCGAACCCCUAGGUCGCACUCCGUAUUACAAUCUCGUCACUCCUAUGCUGGACAGAUGCAAUCGAUACACUACCUUGAGGCUCGUGUAGCCACGUUGGAGCGGCAAAACAAAAUGCUUCAAGCUGCUCUACUGGCGGCCCUCGAUGUUGGCGUUUCUCACGAUGCCGAGAGUAUUCGAAGUGGUGCUACCAGCCCUGCAUUAGACUCAGCAAGAAUACCCACAAUUAGCGAAACAUCGAUGCCAUCACCAAGUAGAAUGAGUAUCAACGAAACCCACAAAUCCCGAAAAAUGUCCGCACAAAAGCAUCACGCAACACAAAGUCACCAUAGCUGGGCCAGCGGCCAAGAUCACAAUUCUCAAGACAGCCGUGGGAGUUUUGAAACUUCUGGCUCCCACAGUGAUACCAGUUUGCGCGCUGUUGAGAGCUUAUUGAGCGAUGUUGAUGUU